AUGAAAACAAAAGAUACAAUAAUUACAAAAAUCAGGAACAUCCAACAAGCAGGCAGUAUCAAUAUUUUAACCGAAAUGUAUCUUCAAGAUCAGCUUGUUAUUAAGAUCAGUCUUUGGCCAGAAGAAGGGACUUAUACAAAUAUGGAAAGAGAUCACUUGGAAGGCGAAAGAAGACAUGGAAAGAAGCUGUUGAUAGAGACAGUCUUGCAUUUGGAAUUGGCGAUUGACAGACGGUAG